AUGCACUUUUUCCUUGGGUACCUCCUGACGAUCCUCACUGUGGUUGGAGACGGCAACGUUGACGCAGCGCAGAGCAUCCAGGAGAAAGAGGGCCGCAGCUCGCCGUGCGUGGUUCCUUCAUUCCAGGGGAUUUGUGCGCCUACAGCCUCAUCGACUUGGGCACCUUUGGAAAGUUUUGAAACAUCAUCAUUCCAAGGAUCCGGUGUUCCUUUGUCGGAUUCGACAAGCAAUGGCGAAUACAGGACAGACUGGGUGGUAUUGUGCCACAUGCAGGAAGAUGAGAUCCCCGCAGGCAUACUACUGCGACCUAUGUGGGCAGGCAUGGGAACAGUGUAUGGGGCAACCUGGUGCACAUCGAGCCCAACAGAGGUCAGCCUAUGGUCAAGCUACGGGAUGGCACGAACAGCAACCGCAGCAACGUACCAAGAGCCCGAGAACUCCGAACAGACCGAGAUCCCGAAAGAAGAGACAAGAUCAUUAUUGGUCGUCCAGAGACCAACAAUCCCAUACAGAUCUUGGAAGCAAUUCUUGGGCGUCUUCUGGUCAGUGGAUGAGCCCAUCACUACAGCCAGACAAGAAAGGAAUGGGGAAAGGCUUGCAGCAGUUCCCAAUGCAGAUGGCAUCACCGCCUCCACCGCCGCCGCCAUUGUUGAUGGCGGCUCCAGUUCCUCAUGGAGUGCCAUGGAUGCCUCAAGCUGCACAAGGAGUUUCUGCAAUGCCAUUUAUGCCUCCGCCGUUGGAUGCUACGACCAUGACGAUGGUUCCACAGGCCUCAGCGCCUACCCCACCUGGGAUUCCUCCUGUGGUGCAGCUUUUCUGCAUUGGAGUCACACAGUUUUGCAAGAACCUUUCUUCACGUCUCCAUGGAUGGCAAUUGAAUUGGCACAAGAUCUAGCAAUAGAAGUCGGAGCCUGGGGGCCACUUCGUUGUGAAGACUUUGUUCUGCCGCCUCGACGUAGGAAAUCCAAAGGCACAGUCAAGUUUGUUGAAGUAGUUGAAGUUCUUCAGGGGAAGGAUUGUUCUGGAAAGUUCCAACUCCAGACAACUACCAUCAACGACAUGGGCCACGGAUUCUCUCCUCGACGUUGCCCAGACGAUCAUCGCGAAGGUGAACGAAAUCCCAGACAAUAUGAAUCGGCAUCAUCCAGCUCUUUGGGAACUCCAUCAUCCACACAUUUUCUUGAUCGGAGACUCUCACAAAAGGUACCUGGUUACAUUCACCACCUUCAGCAUCUCUGGCGGGAUAACCUCCUUCGACUGCCGGAGGGACAGCCAUACAAAGUAAGGACAUGGUAUCUACAUCAUGCACAUCAACGUGUUUGGAAGGUCCCACGUGAAGUGACUCUUUCUAUGCAACCGGAAGGAUGGCAUGAUGCUCUUCUCACGGAGUGGAGGGAUCAGCUUCACAAUGAUGCAGUGCUGAACAUCGCGGUAGUCUUUCCUGAAAUCAGGGCUUUAAGAGGAACGUCACCUGCCCAUGCAGAUUUGAUUCUCACACAAGGAGAUGCUGAGCAAGCUGGAGGGAUCACGACGGUCUUUCCACCUUUGGCAGGUGCACCAGAUAGCUACACUUGGGCGACCUCUCUACCACGGCAUGUGAGCGGUUUAAGCAUCCUCAGUGCCGCAAGUGCAGAUGCAAUCCUACAGUCUCAUGCCUGUGAUCUCUUUCAUGGAGGUGCCAACAUACCCAUCAGUAAUGUGCCCACGCAUUGGAUGCAGAACGGACAUUCCUUUGUUGCUGUUUUCCAAGAUCUCCAAGGAGCUCGAGCCAUUGGGAAUCCUGAUUCUGCUUCCAGCUCGCACAUUGAUGUGAGUAUUGAGGAGUCUGCCACACAGCUCAGCCCUGAAUCGCGUGAGGGAGAGGACCCGUAUGAAUCAGCGGAAGAAAGCUCCCUGAUUGAAGGUUCCAGUUUUGAUGAAGAAGAUCUCAAAGGAUUGCAUGUCUUUGGUUUGAUGCAACCAGUGCGGCAUUGUUUCGUGAGAUGGACGACCUACACCAACAUUCUCCUGGAUGUGUUGCGGGAGGUAGGUCUCCACCGGGACCUUGCCAUUGGAUUUCAUCAUGUACAAGUUCCUUUGAUUGAUCAACAUUUGGAAGAAGAAGCCAUUAUUCUGCAAAGAGUUGGUGACAUCCCACCUGGUGCACCAGAUCAAUUGGCAGUAGUUGACAUUGUGUUGGAGGAGACCAAUGUCAGACAAGGCUUUCUGCCACGACAAGUUCUCCGGCUGCCUAGAUUCGCUUGCCGAUCCACAGUGCUGCAAUGUUUGCAGCUGGAAGCAACAUGCAACAGAGGCAGACCAGAAACCUCAUGUUUACUCUUUCUCAACAGAAUCUUCUGGGACCAGGAUGACGAAGCACCUCGAGAGCUCACGCAUGGAGUGUAUCUGAGAGUAGUAGUUUUGCCACCGAAGGAACGCAAUGAGGCAUCAGCUGUCACACGUACAUGUGACUCCACGGAUGCACCCUCCAAGCGACAGAGAUCUGCCACUGGAGGAUCUCAGCCCGGGAGUUCCACUACGACAGGCUCAAGUUUGCUUCAGAUUUCUUCAGAAGUGCAGGACGCUCAUCCAUGUGGACCCAAGAUGCAUAGCGCUGUGUUUCCUAGCUUGGCAUUCACCAAUGGACAAAUGGCCGCUCAAGUAUCUCAAGCAAGCCACAUCAUUCCGCCCAUCAAUACCAACUGGUUGGCUCCUUUGCGUGAUACUUUUCAUCACUGUUCUGUGAUUGAAUUUCAGGAUGAAGGGCCUGUGCAGUACUGGACAACGUGGUUCCUACAUCAUGCCAGGUAUCCCCGCAAUUCUGAAUCGCGUAUACUGAGGCUGGACAGAUUUCGCCAACAUUGGUAUAAUGAUUUGCGCAAUCUAUGGAGUGAUGCAAUUGACCAGAGUCGAGCGGCUUGGGUGCAUCUGGUAUUGCCAACACCCCCCAGUGAACCUCAACGGCAAUCAGUGGGGCAUAUCCUGCUAGUUCAAGGGGAAGGUGACGCCAUUCCGACUCUCUUGACGGCAGUCUUUGACCAUCCAGUGCAUAGACGCAUUUGGCAUGUGGCAGCCUUUGUUCCGCAGUAUGCUGACCACAACGUUCCCAUUGACAUAUUGGGCUUGCGGCGAUGGAGCUCUUCACGCACAUGUCAUUUUCAAGCGGGCACAGCACCAUGGCCCGCACACGCAGCCGUCUUGAUCCAACCAGGAGAUCCCAUCACAGUCACCAUCAUGCCCAUGGUUGAAGCUGAAGCCGCACACUGGCACCCGGAGGCGGUGUAG